AUUAGAUUAAAACCCCACAAAAGUUUUCCAAUUCUCCUCUUCAGACCACCUUCUGCCUCUCUUUUACUUCCAAAAAGUUUUCAACGUUCUUUGUUUCCUGAUCUCACCUUGCCCAGAGAGAAGGAGAGAGAUACAAGCACAAAAGAGAGAGAGAAAAAGGGGAAAAUGACAGAAACGACCAGACAUGGAUCUGAAACCCUCCAUUCUCUUCAAUGUCUAGAGGGAAAUAAAAGAAUAUCAGAAAGAGGUAAGGAAAAAGAUGAUAGAAAACAAAUUAGAAUGGUCAUCUUUCUACCAUUCCAUCUCUUUUUCAGUUUCUUGAGAGCAGAGAAUCAAAUAGAGAAAGAAAAGAAGAACAAAGAAAGAAGGAAAAAAGAAGAUCGAAAAGAAGAUAGAUGGGUUUCUCGUAAAGACCCAACACUACUUAGUCAUUCUGUUAAAUUUCAAUCUCUCUUGUUCGCAAGCCUUUCCCAGAGAGAAGGUGAGAAAUACAAACAUAACAGAGAGAGAAAAAGGGGAAAAAGACAGAAACGAGCAGACAUGGAUCUGAAACUCUCCAUUCUCUUCAAGGGAGAUCGAAAAGAAGAUCGAUGGGUUUCUCUUCAAGACCCAACACUACUUAGUCAUUCUGUUAAAUUUCAAUCUCUCUCGUUCACAAGCCUUGCCCAGAGAGAAGGUGAGAAGUACGGACAUAGCAGAGAGAGAAAAAGGGGAAAAAGACAGGAACGAGCAGACAUGGAUCUGAAACUCUCCAUUCUCUUCAAUGUGGAGAGGGAAAGAAAAGAAUAUCAGAAAGAGGUAAGGAAGAAGAUGAUAGAAAACAAAUUAAACUGUCCUCUUUCUACCAUUCUAUUUCUUUUUCAGUUUAUUGGGAGUAAAGAGCCAAAUAGAGAAAGAAAAGAAGAGCAAAGAAAGAGGGAAGAAGAAGAUCGAAAGAAGAGAUGUGUCUUUCUCUUCAAAGACCCAACGGUGGCCGGAGUUUUUUAUUUGGAGAACAAGGAUCACUUUAGUGGAAAAGAAGAUUUGGAGUUCGAUUUGAUGGAAGAUACUGGUGAUAGCAGGAACUUAUCUUCUUCGGUUGCAGGAGUACUUGUGGUUUGGUACUCUGGGCUGCUUUGUUGCAUGAGGUAUCUCUUUCCUCUUGUCUUUUACAUUAUAUUUACUGCGUUUUGGUAUGUUUGUCUUGUUUCUCGCGUCGCUGACAAAAGGAAGAAAGUCCUUAUCAUUCUUCAAAAUUGUGCUGUAAGUGAUGAAAAUUCAAUUUUUAUUUUAAUAAUUUUGCAUAAUUACUUAUAGCAAACCUGCGAAUACUGGCUCUCUUGCUUACGCUGGCAGGUUCUCGGUAUAGCCUGUGGUGUGCUUUACGGUCUGUGAGCGAAAGAGGGAGAGUGAGUACGACGAAGAAGAGAACCAGAGCGACAGAGGAAGCGAGUUCGUAUGAAAUUUUACCUCAUGAUUUUAUUAUCUAAUUAAUCAAUUAUUUUUAUUUUUUUACUAACUAAUCAAACAAUAAUUUUUAAAUUAUGCUACCAUAACUUAGUUGAAGGAUGUA